AUGCCUACUACAUCUUACGUUGAUCUUUUAAGUCCCCAGGUCACUACUAGAUCGCUUCCUGCCGUUCUCACCAUCGCUGGGCUGGACUCCUCCGGAGGUGCUGGUAUCGAGGCUGACAUCAAGACCAUCAACGCCCAUGAGGUCUAUGGGCUCACUUGCAUAGCCGCAUUGACUGCUCAGAAUGCUAGUGGCGUCGAGGCUGUAGAAAAGACGCCAAUUGAGCAUUUGAGAAAGAUCUUGAAGAAGAACUUCGACGACUUUAUCGAGGGGUAUGAUGGGGAUCAUCCUUUGAAGGUGGUGAAGACAGGUAUGCUCACCGAGGAAGCUGCUACAGUUCUCUCCGAGAAUAUCGAUUAUUUAAACAAAAAAGGCAUUAAGAUUGUCAUGGAUCCUGUCAUGGUGAGCACUUCCGGUGUAACGCUCACGAAUAACAAGGCGGUGCAGUUGUGCUUUGAUAAGAUCUUUCCAUCGACGUUUUUGUGCACCCCAAACUUCGUGGAAGCGUUGCUGUUGUAUGAAGCAAAGCAAGGCAAGGCUCCGGAGGUGAGUAAAAUCGCCGAUGUUGAAAAGCUCACUGUUGAGUUGCAAAAGAUUCUCAAGUGCAACAACAUUCUCUUGAAAGGUGGGCACAUACCUUGGACUAGAACUGGGGAGCUUGCGGGCGAGAAAGAAUCCAGUGAUCUUGUAAUCGCUGAUGUGCUCUAUGAAAAAGAUGCUGACAAGAUCACCAUCUUCAGGUCGCCAUACAUCGUCCUGAGCAACACUCAUGGUACUGGCUGCACCUUGGCAAGCUCGAUUGCGUCGAACAUUGCGAAGGGGCUCUCUCUUCAGGGGGCAAUCCCGCUCUCGAUCAACUAUGUACAUACUGGAAUGCUUACUUUGGCGUCCAAGUUAGGACAUGGUCAUGGGCCAGUAGAUCAUACAAACGCAGGGAACAUCAGUUUCCAAAGCGUGAUUAAGGGCUCCUCAACCAUCGGGAGAGACUUGAAGGAAAAACAUGGUGACAUUCUUGCCUUCUUUACAAACCACCCGUUGAUCAAGGAAAACUGGAGGAGGUAUGUGGAGCACCCAUUUGUUGAGCUCGUAGCCACCAACAAGCUCCCCUUCGAAAAGUUUCUCUUCUAUUUGAAACAGGAUUUUUACUACUUGAUCAACUAUGCCCAGAUCCACGGGCUCGCGGCCCUGGUGGCUCCGUCUUAUAAGCAAAUUCACGCUCAGGCAGAGGUGAUUGACAGUAUUAUGAAGGAGCUCGAGAGACACAAGAUUAAAUUGCUCAAGAAAUAUAACGUCGAUUUUGAUAGGGCAGAAUUGGACUCCGAGCUUCAACCAGCGAAGCCAUGUCUUGCCUACUGCGACUACUUGUUGAGAAUGGGUAAAACUCAGGACUUUCUUGGGAUCAAGGUAGCUUUGGCGCCUUGUCUUCAUGGUUAUGCGGAUGCUGGUAUAUUCGGCAAGGCUCUACGUAAAAAGCACGACGGUUCCCUUGGUGUCUUGUCGUCGGAAGAUGAAUCGAACACGUAUGCAUCCUGGCUCGACGACUACACUUCAGACUGGUACAAUGAAGCUAAUGAGCUAGGGAAGAAGGUGUUGGAUGACAUCGUUACAAGCAUAGAUCUCUCAGAACAGAGGCUCGAAGAGUUGGUGACCAUCUUCAACGACGUCACAAAGUUGGAGAUUGCCUUCUGGGAUGAGAUCACAGAAUCUUUAAAGUAG